AUGGAUACGCAGCAGCAACAAUCCGCCAUUAAAGGCGCGAAAGUGCUUAUGGUUGGGGCUGGUGGGAUUGGCUGCGAGUUACUGAAGACUCUUGCUCUUUCUGGAUUCGAAGACAUUCAUAUUAUUGAUAUGGACACUAUUGAAGUCAGUAACCUGAAUAGGCAAUUUUUGUUCCGUCGUUCACAUGUUGGGCAGUCCAAAGCUAAGGUUGCUAGAGAUGCGGUCUUGAGAUUUAGGCCUCACAUUAAUAUACGGUCAUACCAUGCAAAUGUGAAGAAUCCCGAGUUUGAUGUUGAUUUCUUCAAGCAAUUUGAUGUUGUGCUGAAUGGACUGGACAACUUGGACGCAAGGCGGCAUGUGAAUCGUCUCUGUCUUGCAGCUGAUGUUCCUCUUGUGGAAAGCGGGACAACAGGCUUCUUAGGACAGGUAACUGUGCAUGUUAAGGGAAAGACGGAAUGUUAUGAGUGCCAAACUAAACCUGCUCCAAAGACAUAUCCUGUGUGUACAAUAACCAGCACUCCAACUAAGUUUGUGCACUGUAUCGUGUGGGCCAAAGACCUGCUCUUUGCAAAGCUGUUUGGCGAUAAGAAUCAGGAGAAUGAUCUUAAUGUGCGAUCCCACAACGCUGCAAGCUCAUCGAAAGAAAAAGAAGACGUUUUCGAACGUGCAGAAGAUGAAGAUAUUGAGCAGUAUGGUAGAAAGAUAUAUGAUCAUGUGUUUGGUUCUAACAUUGAAAAUGCUUUGGCCAAUGAGGAGACAUGGAAAAACCGUAGACGACCAAGGCCUAUAUACAGCAAGGAAGUCUUGCCUGAAAGUCUGACUCAACAAAAUGGUAGCGCUCAGAAUUGCUCUGUUACCGGUGGUGAUUCGGUGAUCUCUGCGAUGCCGUCGCUUGGCCUGAAGAAUCCACAGGAAUUGUGGGGUCUAACACAGAAUUCUCUAGUGUUUAUAGAAGCAUUGAAGUUGUUCUUCGCCAAGAGAAAGAAGGAAAUAGGACAUCUUACCUUUGACAAAGAUGAUCAGUUAGCUGUAGAAUUUGUCACUGCUGCUGCAAAUAUCCGAGCUGAGUCUUUCGGAAUUCCUUUGCACAGUCUUUUUGAAGCCAAAGGUAUUGCUGGAAACAUUGUUCACGCCGUUGCUACAACUAACGCCAUUAUUGCUGGUUUGAUUGUUAUUGAAGCAAUCAAAGUGCUGAAAAAGGAUGCGAACAAGUACAGAAUGACAUAUUGCUUAGAACACCCAAGUAGAAAGAUGCUUCUUAUGCCAGUCGAGCCAUUUGAACCUAAUCCUUCUUGCUAUGUCUGUUCCAAGACCCCUUUGGUACUUGAGAUCAAUACUCAGAAAUCGAAACUACGAGAUCUAGUUGAUAGAAUUGUCACAGCCAAGCUUGGAAUGAACCUGCCAUUGAUCAUGCACGGGGCGUCACUUCUUUAUGAAGUUGGUGAUGAUCUUGAUGAUAUCAUGGUUGCAAACUACAAUGCUAAUCUUGAGAAGUAUUUAGCGGAACUUCCUUCUCCCAUUGUCAAUGGAAGCAGUCUCACUGUGGAAGAUCUCCAACAAGAGCUAUCUUGCAAGAUUAAUGUCAAGCACAGGGAAGAAUUUGACGAGGAAAAAGAACCUGAAGGAAUGGUGCUCUCUGGAUGGACACAGCCUCCAGCUACGAAUGGAGAGAGCGCAUCAACAUCAAACAAUGAGAAUGCGGUUGAUGUGACAGAGAGUUCCUCAGGAAGUGAGAUUGCUACUAAGAAGAGAAGACUCUCUGAGACACAGCCUGAGAAUCAUAAGAAAGAGACGCAGAAUGUGGAGAGUGAUGAUGAUGAUUUCAUGGAGAUUGAAAAUCCCAUGUUGGUGAGCAAGAAGAAGAAAAGAGUUGAAUAG